UUUCCAUUCAUAGGAAUUUAUUUUCCUUCAACAAAGAAAAGUCAAUCAUCCCUGGACCCUUCAACAAUUAGCAUGCUUAUUUGGGUAACAAGGGAUUAAAAAAGAAAAAAAAAGAAAAAAAGAAAGAAUACGAAAUUUAUAAUAAAAUCAAACAUAUAUAGUAAAAGUAAUUUUCUUCAAAUUGAUGAUAUACAAAAGCCGAAAUCAAAAAAUAUUUUUAUUUUUGAUAGAAGUGUUAAAAGCUUCUGUCUCUUAAUCCUAAUUGUGAUUUAUCACUUUUAACCCAAUGGGCUUUAGCGGAGAUCUCUCUCUAGAGCAAAUAAAAAAUGAAAAUAUUGAUCUUGAGCAUAUCCCCGUGGAAGAAGUUUUUCAACAUUUGAGAUGUUCCAAAGAAGGUUUAACAUCCAUUGAGGGUGAUAAAAGGCUCAAAAUCUUUGGUCCAAAUAAACUUGAGGAGAAAAAGGAGAGUAAAUUCUUAAAGUUUUUGGGAUUCAUGUGGAAUCCUUUAUCAUGGGUGAUGGAGGCAGCUGCCAUCAUGGCUAUAGCUUUGGCUAAUGGCGGAGGCCGACCUCCAGAUUGGCAAGACUUUGUUGGAAUCAUUGUUUUACUUCUAAUCAACUCAACCAUUAGCUUUAUUGAAGAAAACAAUGCAGGAAAUGCUGCAGCCUCUCUCAUGGCCAAUCUUGCUCCUAAAACAAAGGUGUUGAGAGAUGGAAAAUGGUGUGAGGAAGAUGCAUCUAUAUUGGUACCUGGAGAUAUAAUAAGCAUUAAGUUGGGUGAUAUUAUCCCAGCAGAUGCCCGACUUUUGGAAGGGGACCCCCUUAAGGUCGACCAAGCUGCCCUUACCGGAGAAUCCUUACCAGUGACUAAAAACUCAGGAAAUGAAGUAUAUUCUGGUUCUACUUGUAAACAAGGUGAAAUUGAGGCCAUUGUUAUUGCCACUGGUGUUCAUACCUUCUUUGGCAAAGCUGCUCAUUUAGUCGACAACACCAAUCAAGUCGGUCACUUUCAAAAGGUGUUGACGUCUAUUGGUAACUUUUGCAUCAUCUCAAUUUCUGUUGGAAUGGUGAUUGAGAUAAUAGUAAUGUUUCCCAUCCAACAUAGAAGGUAUAGGGAAGGUAUAGACAACCUCUUAGUUCUCCUGAUUGGUGGAAUACCAAUUGCAAUGCCUACAGUGUUGUCAGUGACAAUGGCUAUUGGGUCUCAUCGUUUGUCCCAACAGGGUGCCAUCACUAAGAGAAUGACAGCCAUUGAGGAAAUGGCUGGUAUGGAUGUCCUUUGUAGUGAUAAAACUGGCACGCUCACUCUUAAUAAGCUAACAGUUGAUAAGGCCCUUAUUGAAGUCUUCAUUAAGGAUAUAGAUCGGGAUCAUGUUAUCUUGCUUGGUGCACGGGCUUCUAGAAUUGAAAAUCAAGAUGCCAUUGAUAGUUGCAUUGUUGGGAUGUUGAGUGAUCCAAAAGAGGCAAGAGCUGAAAUUGAGGAGGUACAUUUCUUGCCUUUUAAUCCUGUAGAGAAGCGAACGGCAAUUACUUACAUUGACUCAAAUGGGGAAUGGCACAGGGUUAGCAAAGGUGCUCCGGAACAGAUAAUUGAACUUUGUGGACUAAAGGGUGAGACCAUGAAAAAGGCUCAUGAAGUGAUUGAUAGUUAUGCUGAUCGUGGACUACGAUCAUUAGCCAUUGCUAGACAAGCCAUACCAGAGAAGAGUAAGGAGAGUGUAGGAAACCCAUGGGAGUUUGUUGGUCUCUUGCCACUUUUUGACCCUCCAAGACAUGACAGUGCAGAGACAAUUCGUCGGGCCCUUGAUCUCGGUGUUAAUGUUAAGAUGAUUACUGGUGAUCAACUCGCCAUUGGAAAAGAAACGGGUCGUAGACUUGGCAUGGGCACCAACAUGUAUCCUUCAUCCACCCUUUUAGGUCAAAGCACAGACGAAUACAUUGCUUCAAUCCCAGUUGAAGAGCUUAUAGAAAAGGCAGAUGGUUUUGCUGGAGUUUUCCCAGAACAUAAGUACGAGAUUGUAAAAAAGCUACAAGAAAGGAACCACAUAUGUGGUAUGACUGGAGAUGGCGUGAAUGAUGCUCCUGCAUUGAAAAAGGCAGACAUCGGUAUUGCAGUGGAUGAUGCGACAGAUGCAGCAAGAAGUGCAUCGGACAUUGUGUUAACUGAGCCUGGGCUAAGUGUGAUUAUUAGUGCUGUUCUGACUAGCAGGGCUAUCUUCCAAAGGAUGAAGAACUACACAAUUUAUGCUGUAUCAAUCACUAUACGUAUAGUUUUUGGGUUUCUCUUGGUAGUCCUUAUAUGGGAGUAUGAUUUCCCUCCUUUUAUGGUCUUAAUUAUUGCCAUCCUUAAUGAUGGUACCAUCAUGACGAUAUCUAAGGAUAGGGUGAAGCCUUCACCCGUUCCUGAUUCAUGGAAACUCAAUGAGAUUUUUGUAACUGGAAUCAUACUUGGUAGUUACAUGGCUGUAACUACUGCUCUCUUUUUCUUUCUUGCACAUGACACCAAUCUUUUCACAGAUUUGUUUGGUGUGAGGUCGAUUAAAAGCAAGGAUGAUGAAUUAACUGCAGCCAUAUACCUUCAAGUGAGUAUCAUUAGUCAAGCGCUCAUUUUUGUGACCCGGUCAAGGAGUUGGUCUUUUGUAGAACGCCCUGGGAUCCUUCUAGUGAUAACCUUCCUUGCUGCUCAACUAGUAGCAACCCUCAUUGCAGUAUAUGCAGAGUGGGAGUUUGCUAGGGUAACUGGCAUUGGUUGGGGAUGGGCUGGAGUCAUUUGGCUCUUUAGCAUUGUAAGUUAUAUACCCCUUGACAUCCUCAAAUUUGUUGCUCGUUACUCAUUGACUGGACAAGCAUGGGAUGGUAUGAUCCAAAACAAGACUGCAUUCACAACAAAAAAAGAUUAUGGGAAAGGGGAAAGAGAGGCACAAUGGGCUGUGGCUCAACGAACCCGUCAUGGUCUUCAACCAUCUAACACAGAUGCAUUGCUUAACGAAAAUAACAAUUAUCGAGAAUUGUCCGAUAUUGCUGAGCAAGCUAAGAAACGCGCUGAAAUGGCAAGAGUGCAGGCUACAAGAACUUCAUACUUUAAAAGGCCAGGUUGAAUCGAUGGUAAAGACCAAGGGAUUGGACAUUGAUACCAUCCAACAAAGCUACACAGUCUAAAAUGAAGCUAAUUUCGAGUUGAAUUAUUUUAAAAGCUGAGGAAUUUGAAUGGAAGUGGAGAGGGUACAAUUAUUUAAGAAUUUGUUGCAAUUUUUUUUGGGGAUUAAGUACUAGUUACAAACUUCAUGUCAUAAAGUUGUGUUAAACCCCAACAAAUAUUUUUUAAAAUCUGAAAUAAAACUAUUAUCUUAAAACUGGUGUAUAUAUACACGCCUAAAGGGAAAUGGUGCAUUACCUCACGCUGAGACAUGACUAUGUCUAAUUAUUUAUGUAAAUUAAAAUUAUUCGAUAAAAUUAGCG